GCGCCGCCAAGAACGCUGUUUUGGAACGUCCGUGGCAGGACUCGGACCUUAUAACAGCAUCAAAUGUCGAGGAUUUGAGAUGUAAUGUAUAUGGGGAAGACAAGCCAUAGCCAUGGGGAGAAAGAUGAAAAUAUAAUAUACAAUUUGACAUAGAAACCAACAAGAUGCGUUUGAAGAGUAAACCGCUAUUGUUGCCUUGGCGACAGGUUCAGGACUUGAUCCUGUCCAUUCUGAAGUCUCAGGAUCCCCAGGAUGCAACAGUAACGGUUCCCUAUGGAUUACAGAUGGUGCAUAGUCUUCAUCAUCAGUAUACGCUACGCUGUAUGACGUUUUACCAUGCUACAUCGGGUGACAUAUAUGUAUCGCAUUACGAUGCUGGAGUUACCAAUCAGAUGCAACUAUGGACUGUUAAUUUGUUCAGUGAAUUACAGGUGAAAAGUGUAAAGUUUGACAUCAAGCCAACAAUAUUAUGUUUGAUCUUUAUUCCUAAGCUUCGUGUUUUUGCGGGUUUUUGUAAUGAUAUGAUAAUCAGAAUAUUCAGUGACUCUAAGCAUUGCAUGUCAGAGAUUACAUCAGCACUGUGUCUUACUACAAUUCUAUG